UACUAUGAGCCAAACAGCGAAAAAACGUGUGGACCUUACCCUGUACUAUGAGCCAAACAGCGAAAAAACGUGUGGUCCCAAGAUUUUACCAAUCGUUUGGUCCAAAUAAAAUGGCUUUCAUUCUUUUAUAUCAACUUCUCAUCUUCGUCCUCCUUCUGCUUCCUCUAUUUCUUCUUCCGGAUUUCUGGUUCAGCUGUUGAGCUCUCUUUGUUUUCAUAACUUACCAUGGCAAUGCAAGUUGUGGGAGGCGCUUUCCUUCAGGUGGCUUUCGACAGGUUGGCCUCCAGUGAGGUCAUGGACUUCGUUCGCCGAUGGGAAAUCGAUUUGAAUGAAGUGGAGAACUUGAAACGGACGUCAGCCAUGAUUCAAGCCUUAACUGAUGUAGCUGAGGUGAAGCAGUUCACCACCCCCGCCGUGAAACUCUGGCUCAACCACCUCAAACAACUCCUUUAUGAUGCUGAGGAUAUUCUGGAUGAGUACUGUUUUGUCUUCGUUGAACUCUGGCAUAGAAUCUGUUGUUAAGGGAUUCAUCAAUCAGACAUUAGAUGAAAUAAAAGGUAUCCCUCAUAAGGUUUAUGACAUCUAUGAAAAGCUUCGUGGAAUUAAAGAGUAUGGAUCAAAGGUUAAGGAAAUCAACAACAGGUUAAAGGGAGCUGCAAAAGAAGGUUCAGAUCUAGGUUUGAGCUUGGGAACAAGAGCUAUGUCUUCAAGGUCCAGGGUAUUCAGUCAAAGACCACCAACUACUUCUUUGGUGAACAAGAGUAGCGUCUUCGGCAGAGACGAAGAUAAGGAGAAGAUCAUUGAAUUCUUGCUGAGAGAUGAAGCUACUGCUAGUGACAACAACUUCUCUGUGCUACCCAUAGUGGGUAUGGGUGGGCUCGGGAAAACCACCCUUGCCCAGCUUGUCUAUGAUGCUGAUAGAUUGAUACAACAUUUUGAUCUGAAAGCUUGGGUUUGCGUGGGCGAAGAAUUUGAUAUUUUGAAGAUAACGAAAGAAAUUCUCGAGUCAGUCACUGGAAGGAAACCUGAGACCGAUCUACUAGCCAGGCUUCAAAACCAACUCCAACAAGAAUUGAGCAAAAAGAAAUUCUUUAUGGUUUUGGAUGAUGUCUGGAAUCUGAACUACAACAAAUGGGAUACCUUAAAAACUCCUUUUGCAGCGGGUGCACUCGGAAGCAAGAUUCUAGUUACAACACGAGACAAGAAGGUUUCAUCGAUUAUGCGCACUGUUACUGCUCAUCAACUUGAACGUUUAUCAGAUGAGGCUUGUAUCCAUUUAUUGAGAGGGCACGCAUUUGUAGAUGGGAAUUCUUUGGAUGCUGAUCGAAAGUUGGAAAUAUUUGGGAGUAAAGUUGCAUAGAAAUGUAAGGGUCUACCUUUGGCUGUGAAGACAAUUGCUGGCUUAUUACGAGACAAGACGGAGGAUAGUGAGUGGGAAGCUGUUUUGAAAAAUGAAAUAUGGGAUUUAGAGGAGGAUGAGAGUGAGAUUCUUCCAUCGCUCAUGUUGAGCUAUCACCAUCUUUCUCCACAUCUGAAGAGGUGCUUCGCAUAUUGUGCUUUAUUUCCAAAGGACUUUGAAUUUGAAAAGAUUGAUUUGGUUAAA